GGGCGAGUGCAGGAGAAAUGUGUGACUGAGAGCAGCGGAGGACUACAGCACUUUACACCCGAACAGAACCGGCAGAACUGAGCUCCUGAAACCACUGAAAAAACACACAUACUGCUGCUGCUGCUGCUGGGGACUCACCUAGACAGUUUAGUCCAAUGUUGUAGGUGCUGAAGAGCUCCCCACAGGAGGUGACCAUGUCCCACAACCAGUCAGACGACUUCAUGGCCAACCCGGCCAACCUAAUUCUGGAGAGCCACUUCUCCACAGAACUCCAUAUAUCUGAGCCGGGGGAUGAAGGCUACCAAGCACAAAGCUCCACCACGCCCCAGGAGGACGUAGUGGACAAUAUCGUGGUGCCCCAGCAGGUGGUUUUGAGCACCCAGAGUCCCGCAGCGCUAAAGGUCGGCUCUCACCAGCUCAUCCCCAAGAAUUUAGCAGCAUCCAGCCGGCCGAAGAACCGACACCACACCACGGUGGUGACGUUCCCAAUUGGACUGGAGCACUCCAGCAGUGGGAGCCGGGGCCGGAGCCGGCACUCCACUCAGGGGCCCGAUCUGUCCUGGGAGGAUUACGACAGCGAUGGAGACGGCUUCGCUUUGAGGAGGAACCGCAGGAACAAGUCAUACAGAGCUGCAGUGACCAGCCUGGAUAUCGAAGCCAUGACAAAAGGACAAGCGACUAAAUCCACACUGAAACCUGUGAAAGAGGACAGAGCACCCAGUCCUAGUCCGGCUCGCAGCCCUGGUCGCAAGCGAACCUUUGGGAGAAAGAGGAACCAGAACCAACGUGGAUCAUUCAAAGACGCAACGCCGCGACUCUACCAGGAGAUCCGUGAGCGGGGGCUGCACUCCACCAACCAGGACGAGCUGCUGGAUGACUUUGUGGUGGUGGAGCCGCCCGUGGAGGACCAAGGCAUUGUGGUGAAGAGCUACCGGCCAGCGCAGCUCACCUGGAGCCAGCUGCCACAGGUGAAGGACACAGGCAUUCUGGCAAUGGUCUCACCUCAGGAGAGAAAGAGACAAGAGGCCAUUUUUGAGAUCAUCACCUCGGAGCACUCGUACCUGCACAGCCUGGGCAUCCUGGUGCGUCACUUCGAGAAGAGCGACGCGCUGAGAAAAACGAUGACGGCCACCGAGCACCAUCACCUCUUCUCCAACAUCUCCGUCAUCCACCAAGUUAGCAAACGAUUUUUUGAGGACCUUGAACGGCGUCACUAUGACUACCCAUUGAUCCGGGACAUCAGCGACAUUGUUCAGAUCCACGCUACCCACCACUUUGAGCCCUACAUCGUCUACUGCUCCAACGAGACCUUCCAGCAGAGGACGCUGCAGAAGCUGCUGGGCAGCAACACUGCGUUCAAAGAGACCCUGAAGCAAAUUGAAGCGAGCACUGAAUGCGGAGGCCUCCCCAUGAUCUCCUUCCUCAUCCUUCCCAUGCAGCGAGUAACCAGACUACCGCUUCUGCUGGAUACAAUCUCCCAGAAAACUCCAAUGGAGAAGGCGGAGUAUUUCGCUGCAGUUUGGGCGCUGAACGCCAUCAGCAAGUUGGUCUCUAGCUGCAAUGAUGGAGCAAGGCGGAUGGAGAGGACAGAGCAGAUGUACACUAUUCAGAAGCAAAUGGAUUUUGGUAAAAUCAAGCCAUUUCCGCUGGUGUCAUCAUCGCGGUGGCUGAAGAAGCACGGCGAGCUAGCCAUCUCCGCCGAAGAGCUCAGCAUCUGGAGAGCUUUCACCAACCGAAGCUACUACCUGUAUCUCUUCAAUGAUGUACUGAUAGUGACCAGGAAGAAGAGUGAGGAGAGCUUUGUGGUGUUGGACUACGCCACUGUGGAGAAUGUGAAGGUGGAGGUUGGAGAGACUCCAGAGGGACGCUUGUCUCCGCCGGCCAAGAACAGCACCAGCUAUCUGUCCUUCAAACUGGUGAUGAGCAAGAACAGCGAAGGGAGGGCAGAGACAAUCUCCCUGGUGGCCGAGUCCAGGGUGGACCGAGCUCGCUGGAUAGUUGCUCUUAAAGAAAACAAUCAGGCAGGUGUCUCCACUUGCACAGAAGGUCUGCCACAGUACGAGGCCACCAAAGCUUACAUGCCAAAGGAUCCUGAUGAACUGGGUCUGCAGCAGGCUGAGCUCGUCAUUGUCCUGCAGAAGGAAGAAGCGUGGUGCUACGGGGAGAGAAUGCGAGAUGGAGAGAGAGGCUGGUUCCCUGCCAGCUGCGCCACAGAGAUCACCAACCGCACUGCCAUGGAGAGCAACGUGCAGCGCAUGAAGCGCUUACGCAAAGAGACCAACGUUUGAGCGACUUCACCGUGGACGUACUGUCAUGUCGGGAUGGACAAAAUAAUAGAAACACCUUCUGGAACAUUAGCGAUGCUCAAUGUUCUGUCUUUGUUGAGACUGCUGUGCCGGUGAAUCACACGGAACACGAGAAAGCUACUAAUUGCUGUAACGAUGGGCCACAAACACAUUACCAACAGACUGGAGGACGUUUACGAAGCAUAGGAAAAAUCAGAAACUGGUGCCUCAGUGGUCUAACAUGAACACAGUGAAACUAUGAGGUUCCUGCUUCCAACAGUAUCCAUGUUUCCCAUUGCUGUAUAAAAACAAGACUAUUUCAAAUAUGACCAUCCGGUUGAAUGAACAAUUAAAUGUCAUUUUUAAUAUACUUUCUAUUGUGAAAAUGUGUUAGAUAAUUGUUUGCAUGCACUAUGAGACGUUUGUUGCGUACACUUUGCCUUUAUAGGAAGUCUUGCCCACAAAUGUCAACAUGAGUAACUUGAUCUAGUGCUACUUACUGGUUACAUUAUAUUGUAAAAUAUAUUGUGUUAGUGUUAAAGAUGUUGUGAAGGGUUUAUGUAUUAUCCUGGUGUGACAUUUGCCAAGUUAAAUGCAGUUUAUGAUACACUGUUCCAUUGUGGAAUUUGGUUAAUUGUCUAAAUAUACGACAUGAAAACACUCCGACUUAACUGUUCUAUAUUAAAAAGCAAACAUGUUCCGUGGUUUUGCCCUUGUCUAUAGCCUGUAUACUUGAAAAAAAUAAAAAUAAAGCCACCACAAUAGACAAUGUUCCUGGUUUCUGAACUUUUAUUUGAGCUUGCAUUUUGUUAAAAUGUUUGAAUACAUAAAAAGUUAUUUAAAAAUGUCAAACUGACCAGAUAUCAAAUUCCAUUUUAUCUUUAAAAACCAUUUGGUGUAAAAACUUAGGACAGAUUUAGAAAAACAUUUGCUGUUUCCCCAAAACGUUUUGUAGCUGUCACAUAAAAA